GCCCCAAAAAUAAAUGUGCCGAGCGUUUGCGUAUUACAGGGUAGCUUCUUAUUGAAAUGACCGUCGGAAUAAACGCUCACACCUUGUUAGCACCGCAAUUAUCUUUCUUUAUCUUUUCUGAUUGCUAAUUUGCAUAGCCGACUUAAUACCAUCUUCUUUCUGGCACCUCUAUAAAGCCCGGACAUCUAAAGGAGCCAUUCAAUUCCACCUCGGAUUUGUGUGGCCGCGAUGAUGCUCUUCGCUUCUAACAGCAUGCUGCUGAGCACCAUCAUUAUGCUAACAUAUGCAAGCCUCGGGGUCUCCAGACCCACGUCCAAUUUCGUGGACCCAGACUUUCCGAUCACAGAGGAUCCAGAGGAAAUGCGUGCCGAGGCACUGAAGAGGUUGCUUGAGGUCUUCGGCAUGGAAGACCCACCGCACACAAAGGGACUCCAUAAGCAACCACCCCAGUAUAUGCUUGACCUGUACAACACUGUUGCGGAUGUGGACGGAGUGACCAAAGACCCAGACCUCCUGGAGGGCAACACGGUUCGGAGCUUCUUCAAUAAGAUUCACAGUGAGCAAAUUCAGUUUCUCUUCAAUCUGUCGACUGUGGCCAAGACAGAAAAGGUUCUAACAGCGGAGCUCCACCUCUUCAAACUGAGACAGAAGGCUACUACGCCUGCGCUUCACAGGCAUCAUUUCUGUCAGGUUAAUGUCUAUCAAGUCAUGGAUAACAGAAAGGCAAGCCACAAGCUCUUGUCUUCUAGAUUGGUUCCCAUUCACACUACAGGUUGGGAAGUCUUCUCCAUUACACAUGCGGUAAGAGCAUGGACCGCUGAUGAGAACAGUAACCAUGGCCUCUUAGUGACAGUCCGAACUCUAGGAGGCACAAACUUGGAUCCAAAUCUUAUUCGUUUUGCCUCGGGAAGAGAUCACCAUGAAAGCAAGCAGCCCAUGCUUGUACUGUUUACAGAUGAUGGCCGUAGAGCUGCCUCACUAGAGAACUCUCUGAAAGACCAAAAUAAAGAGGGAGAUGCUCUUAAUAUACCACCAUCUCUGAAGGUGAACAAUUCUCGCACUGCACGGUCUUUGGAGAAUACAGAGGAUGAGCAUCUGCCGUGCCAACGUUACCCACUCUAUGUAGACUUUGAGGAGAUUGGUUGGUCUGGUUGGAUCAUCUCUCCCCGAGGUUACAAUGCCCACCAUUGCAAAGGUUCCUGUCCCUUUCCACUAGGCCAAAACAUGCGACCUACUAAUCAUGCCACGGUCCAGUCCAUCAUCCAUGCACUUAAGCUCACUAAGGGUAUAGAAACACCAUGUUGUGUUCCUGAUAAGCUUUUCUCUGUUAAUUUGCUCUACUUCGAUGAUGAUGAGAAUGUGGUCCUAAAGCAGUAUGAUGAUAUGGUGGCAGGUAGCUGUGGUUGCCACUGAGUUUGGGUUGAGUGCAGAUAAAGGAGCUCUUUUCCCCGAAAAUCUUUCUUGUCAGCAAGCUGCCAAACUAAACAGCUGGAGACAAGAAGACUCAAAGUGCAGACAUUUAUGUGUUCUGCAGAAGACAGGAAUUAUAGGUCCUGUAAUGAAUUAAGAUGAAACAUUUAAUGCAGUCUCUCUUGUGGGAGUGUAAAUAUGGUGUAAUCUAACCAAGGUUGUUAUGUUUUACCUGAGAGACUAACAAGCUACAGAAAAAAGUGGGUUGCUUAACAUAAAGCAAUGGCCUUUAAGCUAUAAAGGAAUGCUGUUGGCCAAAUCAGCCAAGAAUGAGAUACCUGGGUGUAGCUAGCAUCUAUCUGAAAUACUUUAUUGCAACUGACGGGCCAGAACUUCAAGACGACAAAUGGUGACACGACGCAGUGAUCUUGGCUCCAUGAACAGAGGGAACAGAUCCUUAUUCCCUCAUGCUGUUCAACUCUCUAGGCAAUAAGAAGACAGAGAAAAAGUUUGCCAAGCUGUUCUAUCAGUAUUUCCUGUACAUGGGGGAAAAAAAGUCUAAGUAAGGUUAAACCAACCAAAAUAGCUGGCAGCUGUGGAGUCUCUAAAAUUGUUUGGACUAGUGUACAGCAAAAAAGGGAAAAGUGUGCUAGUUAUGAAUGCUUCAUCAGGUGUGUUAAUAUAAUUUCUGUAUUCUUUGUUUUCAUUGCCACUGUGUUGUACACUCUGAACUUAUAUACUCAUUUUUUAUAGCCACCAUGUGGCCAAGCAAGUAUGCAAGAGCUGGGCAUCAACAGCUAGCUUAUGUGUAUUACGUGUGUGUGUC